AUGUCAGACAGUCAUUCAGUGAAGUUCAAUAGUCUUAAAAGAAAUAGAUUAACAUCUCCCAGCAGCAAUUUUAAACACUCCAGUUUUAAAGACACGUGUUGCACUUCAGCAUUUCUGGACAGGAGAUGCAAUGAGUCAGUAAAAGAUCCUGAUGCAGAACAUAAAGAAGCACUGAGUGUAACAAGCAUAUCAUUGCUACAAGAGCAUUCUGAGCACAUGGGUUUGAAUGCUCUCUUGUCUGUGUCACCAUUUAUUGAAAAAGAAUUACAUUCUAUCUCGUUAUCAGAAGGAAGACACUCAAAUAGAAGUGCACCGUUCUUUGAAACGCCUAAAUCAGGUGCAAAAGGCUUCUUGCAACGCAGGAGGCUGCUUUUACCUAGGAGUGUUCAAGAUGGCACAACCUCAGAAUGCUGUGAAAGACAAGAUUCUUUGGGAAGUAUCAGUAAAAAAAUUUUCUCUUGUGUUCUGAGCUCUGAAGAAAAACUUUCACAAACUGCUGCAGGUUCUCCAAAAGGUAAAACUUAUGAUCUUCUGACAAAUAGCACUUCAAAAUGCGAGGACUCUAAAUCUGAUUCUCCAAAACGUAGGCUUUCCUUUUCUCAACAAAGGACUUCCACACUAGAGUCCCAGGGUAAGGACCCUUUACUGCUGGAAUCAGAAAGUUUGUCUCCAAUUCAGUGUAAGGAUGUUAUUGUUGGUAAUGCUGAUGAAUUCAGUGAAAGUGUUCUUGACAGUGGUAGUGAUGGGGUGCUCAGGACUCCUACUUACAACCUGUUACCUGAGGCCAAUGAGGGUAAGUUCCUGACUUCUAUCAACAGUCUUGUAGAGAACUUGAACUUUGGGCUGUGUGACAUAAACUCUCCCUCUGUUAAGGUGGCAAAUUAUCCAGAUCUCUCAACACCUGAGGACAGCGGGUAUAAUUCACUUCCUUUGGACAAAUCGGGAGACUCAUUUUCUGAUCAUGAGGGAUCUUUCCAACAGCUCUUCCAAACACAUAAAGAAGAUUCCAAACUUCCAGAGAGUAAAAGAAAGAGCAGAAAACUCGAACGAGUGAGAAGGUUAUCCACUCUUCAGGAACAGGGCUCACAAUCAGAGACAGAAGAUAAUCGUGGUGGUCCUACUUCAAAGCAUAUACUAACAGAAGGAAGACACUUUGUCAGUGAAGAUCAUGAAAUAGUUCUAAAAGAACAGCCUAGUGGAGACCUGGUCAUGGAUCUCUCAAGAACUCCAGCUCUGAAAAUAGUUCAUGACAUUUGCUUGCAAAGACAAAGAUCUGACCAAAAGCAAAUAUCAGGGAAAGUUGAUGGAACAGAAAUAUUUGCAUUAGAUCAUGUUCUUGCUGGACUUAUUGGGAAGAAAAUGGGCCUUGAAAAAUUAGACAUUUUAACAGAAUUAAAAUACAGAAAUUUAAAACAUGUUCUUGCUAUAGUUUUAGAUGCUUUGACAGUGGAAAGUCUAUGCAGCGUUUGGAAAGUAAGCAAAAACUGGCGUGAAAUCAUUGUGCAAGAUAGAAGUGCAGAUAAGAGGAGAAAGUCGUACAUAAAACACCUGACGGAAGAAGCUGGGGAAUAUUUAAGGAAAGCUGAAGAUGCUGCCACAAGACUUAAUAUUCUCAACAGAUCUGCUCUAAGGCCUGUUCAGGCUCAAGCCAGAACUCCUGUGUCACAAACACCACCUUCACACAAGGAACUCACACCCAGGAGAUGCAGUUCUCUUCCCCACUCAACUAGUAGACAGGAGGAAUACAUGAAAGUUGCUAAAACUCUGUUCACAGAUGAAGCUCUAAAACCCUGUCCAAGAUGCCAAUACCCUGCUAAAUAUCAGCUGGUAAAGAAAUGGGGACUGUGCAGCAGAGAGGCAUGUGCAUUUGAGUUCUGUAUUUUGUGUCUGCAGGCAUUCCAUGGGUCCACUGAAUGUAGCAGUUUAUCUGCAAAACGGAAGAAUAAGAGAGAUGCUCUACCAGGAAGUGCCCAAAGCAAAAGAAAUUUAAAAAGACUCUGA